AUGCAUCUAGCUUGGAGAUGCGGUGACCAAGAACUGCUACCAAAUGUGCGGAAACUGGUAGCCAACAACAUCUCGCUCUCCGAUGUCGCCCCGGUGACGCUACUGCUUUCGCCCAGCAUCCGCGAAAUACAGAUCUCCUUCGACAAAAAUACCCUCGUAGUUCCCAGUCUCUCUCCUGUCGCCGCUGCUUUGUUUCACGACAUUGUGAAGACCACCGCGCCGCAUCUGACGGACCUCUUUUUGUUUGAGAGAUUCCCUCUCUCCUCGUCACAGAUCCCUCUUCUCGGCCGCUGCCACAACUUGCGUCAUAUCUGCCUUUCCGACCGGGACCAUACCGUCCUUGAUGCGGGUGCGAUUCGCCUCCUGGAGCGCCUAGGACCCCUCGAAACCAUGUCUCUGGCGAUUCGACUGGGUGGCUGCCAUAUCGCUGCCGAUCUUGACCUGAAGAUUGGGUUUCCGAAGCUCAACUACUUCAAUCUUGCCGGGAGUGCGGUCGAUGUCGCAAAUUUUCUCGGUGCUGCUCGUCUGGUUGCGCUGAAAACUUUCGAAGUCACUCUCGCGGGCUCGACGGAUAUGUCAGCCUUGGAAGAAUGCAUAGCGCGAAUGGGUGCCCAGCUGUUUCAGGGCUUGCGGUCUCUGCACUUAACGGUUACCACGAUGUCGCCACAGUCCCCCACGGCGGUUUUAGGCGAUGUCAUCAGCCCCCUCUAUGCGCUGAAGGGCUUGAAGUCGGCCGGGCUUGACCUCGGCGCGCACGUACCCCAUACAUCCGACGACGACCUCAUAGCGCUCGCUGACGCAUGGCCGAAACUGGACUGGCUCAGCAUCGGGGGCGGGAGUCCGCCCAAUGUGCGGCGCCUGACCACCCUUCGCCGGCCGACGGUCCGGGGCCUGGUCGAGCUGGCGCAACGCUGUCCGCGCCUGCGCAUCAUCCACCUCCCCACGCUCGAUACCUCGCAGCUACCGUCGCCGGAGUCAGUGCCCGCGCUCGCCCGGGCGAGGACCAAGAGGCUCAAUCUGGACUGGAUAUCUGCGAGCGGCGGUCCGGUGCGCUUCGAGUUGGCGGUCUUGCUUGAUCGGCUGUUCCCAGAGCUUGAGAAGUUCGAAGUGGGGAAUCCGGGGCAAGAGGAGGCGGGUCGACAGGUUUUCCGUUACCUGGAGGCGAUGCAGACCGGGCGCAGGCAUUCCAAACUGUUCCCACAGGAACCUGAGGCGAAGGCGCCGAAACCAGAGGAGGACUCCGAGGAGGAGGGAGGAUAG